UGUAGUAGUGUCUGGGCUGCUGGCGUGCUGUGUUGACGGCCAGGCAGGCACAGCGCACAAACCGAAGAGGUGGCGUUAGCGAUAAAUUGAAGCGAAAAAUACUGGAAAGACAAGACUGAAAACAUAAAUUAACACAAAGCAAGGGUUAUAGAUUAUAUUUACAGAUUUUAAUUUUGGUGUAGAUUAAACCGACUAGAGAGACUGCAACCAGGACGCUAUACUGUGGGUGGAAAAACGAGCGAACUGGUCUAGUUUUUCUAUUGGAGUUAAUUAAUACAACUGUGCAAUCGAGGAACAACGCUGCCUCGUUAGAGACAGCGAGAGCGCAUCUUUUUCAUUGUAAAAAAAAAACAAAAUAGAUAGCGUUUUGUAUUGUAAUAUUAUCUCGACUGUAACAUUGUAUGUUUUAUUUAUAAAGGCAGAAAUUAAAGACGCAUUUUCUAUGUGGCUGUUACAUUUUUUAAUUCGUGGAACCUGUAUUCGUUUCGGCAUACUAGCUAGGGAUAGGGAAAUCUGAUUAAUAACACAGCGAGGUGAGCAGACAAGCAGCCCCGUGAAACUAAGGUAUGGAUGUGAAUGUCAUUAACACAACAUAGGCGAGCCAGUGACAGAGACAGAGAGAAAGGGGUAGAGCGAGAGUAGUGUGUAGAGGCGGCGUCCUUGUCAGGAGGGAAGGGCUGAAAUGUCAGGAUAUAUCAGCAACCACAACGCAGACGGGGGUUUGGAAAUCAGCGAAGUCCAGACACAUUGCAGCAGAGAGAGCGAGAGAGCUGGCCAGAAGAAUUAACUGCUGCGAGAACUCGGGAUACACACACACUGACAAUUGAGCAAGCCAGACUGUGUCAUUAAUCAGCCAUAACGCAUCACCCCCUCUACUACUAGCACUGUGGGGACUGAUUGAGGCUAGAAUGUGGAUGGUCGGACAAUUUUAAAUUGGAUUACCAGAGGGGCUAUCAUCAUCAUAAUUAUUAGGACUAAGGCGCAUCGGAUUUUCCCGUUUCUUCUCGAUGCUAUUUAUUUUCUGCUUACAAGAAAAUCUACUCCAUUCCAGUCAACCGACUGGAGUAAAACGUACAAAAGAUCGCCGUUGUUUGCAGUGUGUGUAUUCGAGCUGUCUGGAAUCGCCCUGAACUGGAACUAAGCACACGAUUUGGAUAACCGAUGUGGUGAAGAUAACCGUGAUCAGGAGGAAACAAUGGCCAGCACAUAACUUUAAAAACCCAUUUCUCAAGAAGCACCAUUUCUUAAAGGAGUGAUGAAGAAGCUGAGUAGGGAAAAAAUGGAGGACACUCCGAUUAAAAAAAGGCUUGUCGCAGAACUGCAUGAGAAUGGCAGAACAGAGGGAGCCCCUGAAACCCCCAAAAUAAAGAAAGAAAUUGUGGAAGAGACUGGGGAAUCAGAGUCCAAUGAGUGUGGCAGGCAGGUUCCGAUUCCUGGGCCAAAGCCUUUGGACCUGAGCCCAGGCUUGAAGCACACCCUGGCCCAGUUCCACAUCAGCAGCCAGGUCUCCUUGGGUGGACCAGCAACCUUUUCGGCUCGAAAUACCCAAGAAUGCAUGUCUCCCAGCGUCUUCAUGCCACUUGCAUCACCACCAGCCUUGCCAGGCCCCCUGCUUAUUCCUUCUGACACUUCCACUGAGCUUACUGAUUCCCUGCUGGAGGGGGAAUCCAUUUCCUGCUUCAUGGUUGGCGGUGAGAAUAGACUAUGUCUCCCCCAGGUCCUUAAUUCGGUCCUGCGUGACUUUUCCCUCCAGCAGAUUAACACCGUCUGUGACGAGUUGUACAUCUACUGUUCAAGGUGUAACACUGACCAGCUUCACAUCUUGAAAGUGCUGGGCAUUCUGCCAUUCAAUGCACCUUCCUGUGGACUCAUCACACUGACAGAUGCCCAGAGACUGUGCAAUACUUUAUUGCGCCCGGGAACACUUAUGCAGAAUACCAGCAAGCAUGCAAGCAAGAGCACAUUGACUCAACUGAAAGAGACCGACUCAAACUUCAAGGUAGAGCAUGAAUGCCUGGGCAAGUGUCAGGGCUUGUUUGUGAUGCAGUUAUACACACAGCCUAAUGCCCCCUGCAUCCAGUGCCUGGAGUGCCAGCUGAUGUUUUCUCCCCAGAAGUUUGUGAUGCAUUCCCACAAGUCACCUGACAAGAGGACCUGUCACUGGGGCUUCGACUCGGCCAAGUGGCACUGCUACCUCCAGCUUGGGAAAAAGUAUUACAAUACUCCAGAGGAGAAGCAGCUGAAGCAGCGGCUUGAAGAAAUUAAGGAGAAGUUCAGCUUCCAGCAGAAAAGGACAUUUGAAAAGAAGGACCAUUCUGAAGAUUUCCAGGUGAAAAAGGCACGCUACAACCUCUCAAAUCUGCAGGGCAAGCUACCCGACAAUGACUCUGUCAAAAAGACUGAACCCCAGCAGGAUGUGCUGUUCAAGCACUGGUAUGCAGACAUCAAGCAGGACCCAGAUCAGGAUUCUGGCGUCCAUCCAAGCUACUACCUAUACAUGUAUGAUAAAGUAGUGGCCCCCAACGUCUCGCUGCCUGCCACCUUGACCCACGGCUGUGACUCUGGGAAGCUGCCAGGUAGAGCUCCAGAGGGAAAUGAAGAGGUCCUUGGUGCCCUGCUGAAGCACCAUUACCACGAGGAGCAGAAGAGGGCUUCAUCCUGCUCUGAAGGAUCUUUUGAUGAAGAGGAAGAAUCUCAGAGAGUGGCAAAAUCAGUUGGUGCCAUAGAUCACCACACUAGAAGUUGUUCUGCAGAUCAAGUGAAAUCCAAACAUCCCAAUGUCUGUGAGCGUGGCCCCUUGGCUGUUGUCAUGGAAACCCACCCGAGUGAGCACGCCUUCUUGCCUUUCAUUAAGGACGUCAGCUCGGAGGAUGACAAGGACAAAAUCGUGAUGGAGAUUCUGCAAAUGUACACUAAACAGCAGGAGAGGCUCAACGCAACUCUGGAAAAGAAAAUGCAGUUGCAAAUGGAGCUGGAUCUGUUACGCAGCCCCAGCAGGUCUACCCGGCUGAAGGAGCUGUCGGAGCAGUGCGAGCUGCAGCAGGAGCUGGAGUUGGUGCAGAGCGAGCAGGCUAGCAGGCUGGAGGAGCUCAGAGAGGAGCAGAUGGAGCUGGAGAAGAGGUUGGAGCAGCUGAGACAGCAGGGCUGUGCAUGUGACCGCUCCUCUGAGAGAGACCGGGAGGCACAGUAUGCAGCACAGCUGUCGGAGCUGCGCCAGAGGCUGGAUCAGGCUGAGGCUGACCGCCAGGAGCUGCAGGAAGAUCUGCAGAGGGAGCGGGAGGCCCGGGAGAAACUGGAGAAGAUGAUUACUGAGAUGAAGCUGCAGAUCGCUGAGAAAAAUAACCAGGAGGCGAAGGUAAACUCCAAGAACAAAUAAACAGCCGUUACUGGAGGGGGAAAAAAAUGCAAGAAGACCUUGCUGACAUUUUCUUUUCUUUUUUUAUGGACAAAAAUGUUAAAAUGGAGAGCUGUAUUAAUAGCAAGU